ACACGAAUCAGGUGUUUGCCAGUUUUCCGGGUUGUGGCGCCCUACGUCAUUAUGUUGGGCUGUCUCUUUUGAUAAAGGUACGCUUGUUGGUUGUAUAGAUCAGGCUGUACCCCGCAAUCAACAACUCGCACGCUUCUUCCUCUUGAUUCCUCUCUGGUUACCCUAUGCGACCAUUCCCUGAGCCAAAAGUUUAGCAUCAUGUCUGACAACGCCCAGAUCCAAGCCAUGCCCGAAACCACAACCCCUCAGCCUGCAACCGAUGACAUGACCUUGAAAGAAAUAUUCAAGGCCAUGAAAAGCGACCGACACGGCAUUUGGUGCCUUGGUCACGAUGGUGUUCUGCGGCACUUUGAUGCCGUACGUAACGUCGUGGACGCGCGUGGCCUUACUCAACCCCAGAUUAGAGAAUAUUACAACGUCCCAGACGAUCAGAUACCGCCCGCGCUUCUCACUGCCGAUGGACGUAAUGUCUCGGAGUGGGACAAGUGGCAUCCUGCUCAGAGCGAUGUUCCGAGGAUACCAACAGAGGAGGAGAGGGCCAAGAAGCGUGCGGCCCGAGAGGAGUUUAGGAGACUUAAUCCUGAUUCCGAGUGUCUGAAGCCCAAGGCCGAUGAAGAGAAGUGAUGGUAUACAACAUGUUUACAGCUGUCCAUUACUCUUUCCGAAGCGAUUUUGACCUAGAUAUAACUUUUGUGAUAAUCACAACACACAGCUCCAUAUUUGACAUGAAUUCGGUGUAUGGAGAGAUGUAAUCAUUGCUUUAACGCUUGAAAGCCACCGUAGGCGUACGAAGGGUACCGUAUUAUCCUCAGCAGAUUCGCCUGCCAUUUGGCCUGCAACUUUUCCGGCAUACAUGAUUGGUCCGACGUCUGCUGUGGCUUAGUGAUGGGCCAUAGUCAAGCCACCUCGGAAGGAGCACGGAACCCCCUCGGUUCGC